AUUUAUUCAACAGUCCUUUCAUCGUUCCAGAGCCAGAAUUUACAUGGAGUAGUAAGUAUUCUACGAAGCUUCUGGAAAAAGUUUCUGAAAUAGUUCCUCCUAAAGAAUCAGGCAUAAACAAACCAAACAUUUUAUUACUCGGGGCAGCAGGAAGUGGCAAGUCAUCAUUUAUAAACUCGAUUGCAACUGCAAGUGAAAACAGAAAAGUUAAUCUUGUCCCCACAGCCGCAAAUAGGGACCAUGUUACAACGGUGCUGUGCCGUAACAAAUAUUAUCCUGCUUUUGAACAGUACCGAAAACUAGAAGGAAAAGGGGGAACAUUAACAAACUACGUCUUUGCUGAUGUGAAAGGCCUUUCAGGUGCAGACACUGGGAUUCAUAUUGAGAAUAUUAUGAAUCUUAUACAAGGACACAUAAAGGAAAAGUAUGAGUUCAAAGACGAUGUUACAAUACCAGAAACCGAUGACUGUUUUAUCAAACUACCAGAGGAGAGUGACAAAUUUCAAUGUGUGGUGUUUGUUUUCGACUGUCGUUUCAACCCAAGCACAACAGAAACACUAAUGAAGGACAUUUUUAAACUUAACUCUUUGCUGCACAAUAUUGGAGUUCCACGAGUAGCGCUAUUGACUCAUAUAGACAAGAUUUGCCCGAAAGUUCGAUCGGACAUUAGGAAUACUUUCUAUAGCAAAAAGAUCAAAGAGAAGUUAACAAGAUACGCUGAAGUUACAGGCCUCCCUGAACCACUUUUCUACCCGAUAAAGAAUUAUGAAGAUGUGCGAUAUCCAGAUCCGAUGACGAAUAUCCCACUCCUGCUAGCUUUAGAAGCGUGUUUAAAUUCUGCAAUGACUUACCUUAGACAAGAGCUGCCUGGCUGCAGUGCAUCAGGCAAAUUAAGUGGGGAAUCUGAUUCGUAG